AGAUCCAGGCUCACCAGUCCUGUGCCACUGGGCUUUUGCUGUUCUGCACAAGGCCCACCCACAGAUGCCAUGCCUGCUCCCCAAGCCUAAUGGGCUUUGAUGGGGGAAGAGGGGGUGGUCCAGUCUCUCCCGAUGAGGAGGAAAGAGCAAGUGUCCUCCUCGGACAUUUUCUGGGUUGUGAAAUGUGCUCGCAGGAGGCUUUUCAGGCACAGAGGAGUCAGCUGGUGGAGCUGUUGGUCUCAGGGUCCCUGGAGGGCUUCGAGAGUGUCCUGGACUGGCUGCUGUCCUGGGAGGUCCUCUCCUGGGAAGACUACGAGGGCAUCCACCUCCUGGGCCAGCCUCUCUCCCACUUGGCCAGGCGCCUCCUGGACACCGUCUGGAAUAAGGGUACUUGGGCCUGUCAGAAACUCGUCGCCGCUGCCCAGGAAGCCCAGGCCGACAGCCAAUCCCCGAAGCUGCAUGGCUGCUGGGACCCCCACUCACUCCACCCAGCCCGAGACCUGCAGAGUCACCGGCCAGCCAUUGUCAGGAGGCUCCACAGCCAUGUGGAGGGCGUGCUGGACCUGGCACGAGAGCGGGGUUUCGUCAGCCAGUACGAAUGUGACGAAAUCAGGCUGCCAAUCUUCACACCGUCCCAGAGGGCAAGAAGGCUGCUCGAUCUUGCCACAGUGAAAGCGAAUGGAUUGGCCGCCUUCCUUCUACAACAUGUUCAGGAAUUACCAGUCCCGUUGGCCCUGCCUUUGGAAGCUGCCACAUGCAGGAAGUACAUGGCCAAGCUGAGGACCACGGUGUCUGCUCAGGCUCGCUUCCUCAGUACCUAUGAUGGGGCAGAGACGCUCUGCCUGGAGGACAUAUACACAGAGAAUGGCCUGGAGGUCUGGGCAGACGUGGGCAUGGCUGGACCCCCGCAGAAGAGCCCGGCCACCCUGGGUCUGGAGGAGCUCUUCAGCACCCGCAGCCACCUCAACGACGAUGCAGACACCGUGCUGGUGGUCGGUGAGGCGGGCAGCGGCAAGAGCACGCUCCUGCAGCGGCUCCACUUGCUGUGGGCUGCAGGGCGAGACUUCCAGGAAUUUCUCUUUGUCUUCCCAUUCAGCUGCCGGCAGCUGCAGUGCGUGGCCAAACCACUCUCCGUGCGGACGCUACUCUUUGAGCACUGCUGUUGGCCUGAUGUUGAUCAAGAGGACAUCUUCCAGUUCCUCCUUGACCACCCUGACCGUGUCCUGUUAACCUUUGAUGGCUUUGAUGAGUUCAAGUUCAGGUUCACGGAUCAUGAGCGUCACUGCUCCCCGACCGACCCCACCUCUGUCCAGACCCUGCUCUUCAACCUUCUGCAGGGCAACCUGCUGAAGAAUGCCCGAAAGGUGGUGACCAGCCGUCCAGCCGCUGUGUCAGCAUUCCUCAGGAAGUACAUCCGCACCGAGUUCAACCUCAAGGGCUUCUCUGAACAGGGCAUCGAGCUGUACUUGAGGAAGCGCCAUCGUGAGCCUGGGGUGGCGGACCGCCUCAUCCGCCUGCUCCAAGCGACCUCAGCCCUGCAUGGUUUGUGCCACCUUCCUGUCUUCUCGUGGAUGGUGUCCAAAUGCCACCAGGAACUGUUGCUGCAGGAGGGGGUGUCCCCAAAGACCACUACAGAUAUGUACCUGCUGAUCCUGCAGCAUUUUCUGCUGCAUGCCACCUCCCCAGACUCAGCCUCCCAAGGUCUGGGACCCAGUCUUCUUCGGGGCCGUCUCCCCACCCUUCUGCACCUGGGCAGACUAGCCCUGUGGGGCCUGGGCAUGUGCUGCUACGUGUUCUCAGCCCAGCAGCUCCAGGCAGCACAGGUCAGCCCUGAUGACAUUUCUCUUGGCUUCCUGGUGCGUGCCAAAGGUGUCAUGCCAGGGGGUAUGGCGCCCUUGGAAUUCCUGCACAUCACUUUCCAGUGCUUCUUUGCUGCAUUCUACCUGGCAUUCAGUGCUGAUGUGUCACCAGCUUUGCUCAGACACCUCUUCAAUUGUGGCAGGCCAGGCAACUCACCGAUGGCCAGGCUCCUGCCCACGCUGUGCAUCCAGGGCUCAGAGGGAAAGGACGGCAGCGUGGCAGCUUUGCUGCAGAAGGCCGAGCCGCACAACCUUCAGAUCACGGCAGCCUUCCUGGCGGGACUGUUGUCCCGGGAGCACUGGGACCUGCUGGCCGAGUGCCAGGCAUCUGAGAAGGCCCUGCUCCGGCGCCAGGCCUGUGCCCGCUGGUGUCUGGCCCGCAGCCUCCGCAAGCACUUCCACUCCAUCCCGCCAGCUGCGCCGGGUGAGGCCAAGAGCAUGCACGCCAUGCCCGGGUUCAUCUGGCUUAUCCGGAGCCUAUACGAGAUGCAGGAGGAGCGGCUGGCACGGAAGGCUGCACGUGGCCUGAAUGUCGGGCACCUCAAGUUGACAUUUUGCAGUGUGGGCCCCGCCGAGUGUGCUGCCCUGGCCUUUGUGCUGCGGCACCUCCGGCAGCCCGUGGCCCUGCAGCUGGACUACAACUCUGUGGGUGAUAUUGGCGUGGAGCAGCUGCUGCCUUGCCUUGGUGUCUGCAAGGCUCUGUAUUUGCGCGAUAACAAUAUCUCAGACCGAGGCAUCUGCAAGCUCAUUGAAUGUGCUCUUCACUGCGAGCAAUUGCAGAAGUUAGCUCUAUUCAACAACAAAUUGACUGACGGCUGUGCACACUCCAUGGCUAAGCUCCUUGCAUGCAGGCAGAACUUCUUGGCAUUGAGGCUGGGGAAUAACCACAUCACCGCCGCGGGAGCCCGAGUGCUGGCCGGGGGGCUCCGAGGCAAUGCCUCCUUGCAGUUCCUGGGUUCCAUGGUUACCUCCAGCCUGGUGGGGAACAACAUUGGCAGUGUGGGUGCCCAAGCCUUAGCACUGAUGCUGGCAAAGAAUGUCAUGCUAGAAGAACUCUGCCUGGAGGAGAACCAUCUCCAGGAUGAAGGUGUAUGUUGUCUCGCAGAAGGACUGAAGAGAAAUUCCAGUUUGAAAAUCCUGAAGUUGUCCAAUAACUGCAUCACCUACCUAGGGGCAGAAGCCCUCCUGCAGGCCCUUGAAAGGAAUGACACCAUCCUGGAAGUCUGGCUCCGAGGGAACACUUUCUCUCUGGAGGAGGCUGACAAGCUUGGCUGCAGGGACACCAGACUCUUGCUUUGAAGUCUCCGGGAAGAUGUUCAUCUCAGUUUGUUUGUGAGCAAGCUGUGAGUUUGGGCCCCAGAGGCUGGGUGACAUCUGUUGGCAGCCUCUUCAAAAUGAGCCCUGUCCCGCCUAAGGCUGAGCUUGUUUUCUGGGAACACCAUAGGUCGCCUUUAUUCUGGCAGAGGAGGGAGCAUCAGUGCCUUCCAGGAUAGACUUUUCCCAAGGCUACUUUUGCCAUCGACUUCUUCCCAAGAUUCAAUCCCAGGAUGUGCAAGAGGGACAGCCCCUCCUCCACGGUAUGGGGCUGGCCUCUACUGAUCCUCCCAGGCUUCCAUGUGGGUCAGUGGGGCCCAUGGAUGUGCUUGUUAACUGGGUGCCUGUUGGUGGAGAGGCCUGGACUAUCACAAAAGACCCCUUCCCACUGCUCUGAUGAAGAGGAGUGCGCAGAACACAAUUCAGGAAGCAACUUUCUCCAUGUCUCCACUCAUCCAUCCAGGCCAUUCCCC